AUGAUUCGUAGGAGGUUGUAUCGAGUCGGUAAAUCCAGCCUAAGCAGCCAGAUUAUCGUGAGUCAAAAGCUCAGUAUUACAGAAAAUCAUACCAUCCUCGUAGUUGAUGGAAGUUGUGGAAAAGCAGGCGAAGGACCAAUUACACAACCAGGACGUCGUGCUACUGGACUUGGGAAAAAUUCUCUAUGUUCUGAAGGUUGUGCAGAUUGUUCUCGCUGUGUGAACGUCGUGCUCGAUUGCACAGUCGACGCUGGUGACACCGAUGGAACUGAGUAUGGAGCUCUCCGAGUUCCCGGUAGUCCACACGUCGGUGGCAUCAUGGGAGGAAAAAUUGGUGGCGGAGGUGGAGGGGCUACAAGAGACGACUUUAAUGUCUGUGCUGUAGAUGCAGGAUUCUUAUUUGGAAACUCCGGGGGAGGCGGCGGUGGUGGGGGCACGCUAAUACCUGGAUGUAAUUUAACAAAAUUGUGA